GGCGCCGUCGCCCCCGUGGGCUCCACCGGCGCGCCCUGCGCCGUCGCGCAGCGCGAGCUCGCCGCCAUCCUGCGCGAGCUGCAGUUCAUCACGGGCCGCAUGCGCAAGGCGGACGAGGAGGCCGAGCUCAUCAGCGACUGGAAGUUCGCCGCCAUGGUGGUGGACCGCUUCUGCCUCAUCAUCUUCACCAUGUUCACCAUCAUCGCGACCGUGGCCGUGCUGCUCUCCGCGCCGCACAUCAUCGUGCAGUAGUGCCGAUGCUCCGGAAGCUCCCGAACGAUCUUGAGGCAAUUGGCGGCGGGCCGCGCUCGCGGUACGCGUGCCCGGGAAGAAGGCGGGAUCUGCACAUGGGUGGCUUUCUGAGAACGGCUCACGGGAAGUUGAUGCGGUUUGCCUUUCAGGGUGUAGAAUAUUACGCGCGGAUGCCCUCACUCCUCGCGACUUAGUGCGAUUAUUAUUGGAAUGAGCUUACUUCUGGAUUCGGAAAGUUGUUUGAUCCCGUAAGAUCGUAUGGCAGUUAUCGGAUAUCUUCCCAAUCAAAUCAAUUACUCCGGGCAUUUUUCAAUUACUCCUGGUCCAAACUCCACGAUCACAUCGAGACCAACAAACUCACGAGUGUCGAUGACGCAUUGACCAGCAGCUGCUGCCUUCCUUUCGAGCACGUCAGCUUCUUCGCGACAUGUCGCCCGCUGCGCUCUUUUAUUCUCUUUCACAAAUACGGACUGUCGCACAAUUCUCGUUAUCUCGUAGCUCUCGAUAGCUCGCUUCCCAUCCCCUCCUUCUUCCGCCCGAAUCGCCCGCAGUUGGGCCCGUGGCCAACACGCGGCGCUCUCCCUUCCCAUUGCAUCCCGCCCUCCUCGCCCUCGUCCUCGUCCGAUCCGAAUCCCCGCCCUCGUUCAGUGACGACGGACAGCCGCAGCAGCAACGCGUUGGUCGUUUUCUGUGAUAUUCCCCGCUCGCCCCCGGCGCCGACCUCGCGCGCGGCGCCCUCCCGCUUGCUUGUCUCAGUACGUAACGUUCGCUCUAGAUGAAUAAAUUCUCGUUUGUAAACACGAGCUGCCCCCAAACCCCCACAUCAAGGAAUUGAACCGCGACCCACAGUGGCGCGGUAGCCCAGACACUCAAGAGGCCGUAGAUAGAGUAGAGACAGAAAAAAAAAUACAGACGCUCUCGCGGAGUCCUCGGCCGGAGCAAGGGAACGGAGCGGCGCGCGGCGAAGCGCGAUGCAGUAGCAACGAGCUCCUCUCUCGACGGGCGGCCCUAGGCGCCCGGCGCCUCGUCAGCAAAAGUGUGCAUGAAGCUGCGAACGGACUCCGUAAACACUCGACUGAGUGUCCACGCAGACACCAGUCGAAAAAUAAUUAUUAUUUGUAAGAAAAAAAAUAUGUUGUAAGUGAAAACGUUGUUGUGUGGUUUGUGGAAAGUUUUGAUAUCUCUGUAACAUAUUGAAGAAUCCCCUGUAUAUUGGAAUAUAUACAUAUUAAUGAAUAUAGAUAUUAGUGGGAAUCGAACAGCACAAAAAUAUGAGAUUUUAAGGACGAGGGUGGACGUGAGUGCUCCCACCGGUGAGGCUUCCUCUUAAAGCAGGUCCGGCGAGCGGCAGCGCAGCGCAGCGCAGCGCGCGCAAGGGGCGCGGGG